GUAUUUGACAACAAAUAAACGGAUUUAUACUUCGCAGAAUGUGUUUACCCUGAAAUCAAUUUCUUUUUCCGACAGGUAUCUUUGAUCGAUCCUCUGUAACUGUAGCAGCCUGGGCAAUAAUUGUGACAGCGCACGUUAAUUACCAAUAACAGCGGGCAGGGUUCUGUGGUUGUAUGGGGUACAUGACUGGGUACAAUACAUCGGAGAUCCCACCAGAAUGAUAAACACAAAUGUAGAAUGUUCAAUCAAACAGGACAGGUUAGGAUGAAUCAGCUCUAAACCACUCUAUUUAAGAUGAUCAACGUCUAAUGUUCAAAAUGGAAGCACGGAUUCAUUCAUGGAUACUUUUGAUGUUUAUGUACAUAAUAACUAAUAACAAAGAAUCAGAAAAUGCCACAAUAAUCAACGAAGACAUCGGGAACUUAUCCUGUCACAAAUGCGAGGAGACAUUCCAACAGUGGGAUCCCUACACGAUUUGUCAAAUACAACCAAACAACACCCCCAAAAUACCCUGUCUUAAAUCAGAACCCUACUGCAUGGUGGAGCGGGUUUCUGUCAUGGGUCUAACGACCAGUAUCAAACGAGAAUGUGCGGCCGAAUGUUACUACGGCUGUAGAUCAAAGAACUUUGGGGUUACCACGGUUUCCUGUACUUCCUGUUGCCAAACACCCGGAUGUAAUACUGGCAAUUCAGCGGAACAUAUAAAUAAAUCAAAGUUUGGUCUAAAGACAUUGUUCUCUAUUAUAUUUUUAUUACAAUAUAUUCUAAAAUAAUUGCAUCAUCUUAUUUUAUGUGUCUAGUGCUACUUGUGUACGCUUGUUGAAUAAAUACGGCUCGUUAAACAAUGAAA